AAAUGAAAAGAUUUAACAAUUUUUCUUUGAUUAUUUUUCUAUUUUUGCUAAUUUUGUUGUUAAAUUUAUGCCAAGCAAAGAUGCGAUAUGAGUCAGUAUUAUCAAGACGGACAAAACGCUAUGGUUAUGGGGGAUAUGGCGGAUAUGGAUAUGGUGGAGGUAUGGGAGGUGGAUGUUGUCAGUGUGGAAUGUGCGGGGGUGGUGGUUAUUCUGGAGGCUAUGGAAUGGGUGGAGGUUGCGGAUCUUGUGGAGGAGGUAAUAAAUUUAAAUGUUUAAAGCAGGGCUCUCAUUCGUGCUUUAUUUGA